CGGCAGCCCGGCCCAGCCGCGGCCAGGGCGAGAGGACGAGAGGCGGAGGCAGCGGCCGACCGCCACUACGCUGGCUGCUGCGGCGCGGGACGUGUCUGGUUCUUCAGGAGUCUGAAAAUCUUAUGAAGAUAUUUUUGAGAGAUUGAGACGUAGCAACUUCAUCCCUGCAUUAUGUUCUGCAGAACCAGUAUUUGGCUCAUCUGCAUUUUAAUGGCGGUAGUCACAGCUACCGACUUCAGUGACCCAGAUUCCAACACAACAGAAUACGAUCCUGAGGUCACUGUCGAUCGUUUGAGAACUGACGAUCCACAAUCGCCGGGGACGGCGCCACCUCAGGAGGUUACGGACACCGCGGCCGUGGACCUGGAGCCAGCAACAGAAACCAGUGUUCCAGGCACCCUAGAGAGCAGACUGGCAGCCAGCACUCGGCCGCACAGCGACCACGGCGACCACAGCAGGACUCCUGUCGCAACUGCGCCGACGACAACCGCCCGUACCACCCCUGCAGCUGGUGACUCCACCGUCUCUCGCCUGCAUGUUCCAGCCACCCCAGAGAGCAGACUGGCAGCCAGCACUCUGCCGCACAGCGACCACGGCGACCACAGCAGGACUCCUGUCGCAACGGCGCCGACGACAACCGCCCGCACCACCCCUGGAGCUGGUGACACCACCGUCUCUCGCCUGCAGACCCUUUCUGCAGAGAUGAAAAGCAAGGUGCUGCUCCAGGCAGCUACACGGGGGUCAGUGGAGGAAGUGCAGGUGCCGCUUUGGGCUUGUGCUAAUGUGGGGCAGAGACCAUGGUCCACGUUGACCGCUCUGCACUAUGCAGCGAUGAAUGGGCACACGGGUAUGGUGAGGUGUCUGAUCGGGAAUGGGGCAGAAGUGGAUGCCAGGAGCGACGCGGGGCACACGCCUCUACAUUUGGCUGCCUGGAAAGGCCAUGCAGCAGUGGUGCGGCUGCUGGCGGCGGCCUCCGCCGACGUCGAUGCCAAGGACCAGUGGGGUAGGACGCCGCUGCACUGGGCGGCACCCUACGGCCACACAGAGGCGGCGAAGGCUCUGCUGGAGGCAGGGGCCGAUGGGUACGCCACGGAGGACGCAGGGAAUACCGCGCUGGACUUAGCAAGAGUGAACAACCGACAAUGGAUGGUAGAAAUCCUAUCUAGCAUUCCAACAAACGAUUGUGAUGUAUACUAAAUAAAGCAAGCGUUAAUACAUGAUUUCUCCUUCUCUUUAAAAUAAACCAUACAAAAUGUUA